GUGUUACACGACGAUGUGCUAUCGAAGCAGGGCGCCUUCCAACAGCUGACUGAGACAGCGUCCGCGCUGAUGGCGCUCGUGGGAGAUGAUGAGGCGGCCGCGCUGGCUGACCGUCUGCAAGCUGCCACUGACAGAUACCAAGCCCUAGUGGAGCACAGCCUGAACAUCGGCGAACUGCUGGACAACUCGCGCAAGGGUCUCCGGCACCUGGUGCUGACGUACCAAGACCUGUCAGCCUGGAUGGACGGCAUGGAGCAAUACCUCGCCAAGAGGAAGAUCCUUCCGAUGCACAUGGAGAAACUGCUGCGGCAAAUGGAUGAACUAGCUGAAAAAACCGAAGAGAUAGCCUCGAAACAAGAGGCAGUCGACAGCACCGUGGAUUCCGGUCUUGAGCUGAUGAAGCACAUCUCUGGUGAUGAGGCGCUACAGCUCAAGGACAAAUUGGACGCGCUCCAGCGACGCUACAACGACCUCACCAGCAAGGGAGCUGACCUGUUGCGUAUCGCCAGCGAAACGCUGCCGCUGGUGCAGCAGUUCUUCAACACACACAACAGCUUGACGGAAUGGAUGUCCGGCGCCGAGUCAUGCCUGCAAUCUGUGGAGCCGCGCGAAGAGGACAUCCUUCGUCUCGAAGGCGACCUGCAAGAGUUCCGUCCUCUGCUCGACAACAUCAACCUGAUCGGCCCGCAGUUGUGCCAGAUCUCUCCGGGAGAGGGCGCUACGCACAUCGAAGGCAUCGUUACUAGGGACAACCGUCGUUUCGAUGCUAUAGCUGAGCAAGUUCAACGUAAGGCAGAGAGACUGCUGCUCAGCAAGAAGCGCUCCCUGGAAGUGGUCGGCGAUAUGGAAGAGCUCCUCGAAUGGCUGAGGACAGUGUUCGCUCAACUACGCGACGCGGAACCGCCGUCUAGCCAACCGGCUUUAGUGCGCGCGCAGCUGAAGGCUCAGCGGCCGCUUAAUGACGACGUGGCUGCGCAGAGAGUGCGCGUACGCGACCUCUUGUCGCAGGCUAAGAAGGUCCUCCGCGAGUGCCAAUCAUCAGAGGAGACAGCCGUGAUCCGCGACCGCAGCGAGGAGCUGAAGGAGAUGAUGGAGGAGGUGGGGCAGCUCAGCGCGGAGCGCCUCGCCGCGCUCGAGCAGGCGCUGCCUCUGGCCGAGCACUUCGCGGACACUCACCACGGAUUGUCGAUGUGGCUGGACGACAUGGAGAAGCAGAUCCAGAUGCUGGCCAUGCCCGCCCUGCGGCCCGAGCAGAUCGCGCAGCAGCAGGACAAGAACGAGAUGCUGCAACAGUCGAUCCUGGGGCACAAACCACUGGUAGACAAACUCGUCAAGACCGGAGAAGCUCUAGCCCGCCUAGUGGGCGAAGAGGACGCGAACAAAGUCCAGGAUAUAGUGGAGGCAGACUGCGAGCGGUACAACGCGCUGCGGGCUGAGCUACGAACCAGACAGCAGGCGCUUGAACAGGCCCUGCAAGAGUCCUCUCAGUUCUCCGACAAGCUGGAAGGCAUGCUGCGAGCGCUGGCCGGCACGCAGGACCAACUGCAGCGCGCCGAGCCCGUCUCUGCGCACCCGCCUAAGAUUCAAGACCAAAUCGAGGAAAACAACGCGUUAAUUGAAGACCUGGAGAAGCGCACUGAGGCGUACAACGCGGUGCAACGCGCCGCCUCCGACGUGAUCAGCAAGGCCAACAAGAGCGACCCCGCCGUGCGGGACAUUCGCAACAAGCUCGACAAACUGCACAAACUAUGGGACGACGUACAGAAAGCGACGUCAGACCGCGGUCACUCGCUCGACAGUGCGCUGGAAGUCGCCCGCAAGUUCUGGGCUCAACUGGACGCGCUGAUGGCCACGUUGGCCGAGCUGGAGGACACGCUGACCGCCCAGCCGCCGCCCGCCGCGCAGCCGCGCGCUAUACAGGCGCAGCAGGUCGCCCUGCAGGAGAUUAGGCACGAGAUCGACCAUACCAAGCCUGAGGUGGAGAAAGUCCGGAAGACCGGCUCACACCUGAUGUCACUAUGCGGCGAGCCAGACAAGCCAGAGGUCAAGAAGCACAUGGAAGACCUGGACAGCGCCUGGGACAACGUCACAGCGCUGUACGCGCGACGAGAGGAGAACCUCAUCGACGCCAUGGAGAAGGCUAUGGAGUUCCAUGACACUCUACAGAACCUGCAAGAAUUCCUCGACAAGGCUGAGGACAAGUUCUCCCGCAUGGGCGCACUGGGCUCAGACAUCGACGCAGUGAAGCGACAGAUCUCUCAACUAGCCUCGUUCAAGCAAGAGGUCGACCCGCAUAUGGUGAAGGUCGAAGCCCUUAACAGGCAAGCUCAAGAGCUGACGGAGCGCACAUCAUCCGAGCAAGCGGCGGCCAUCAAGCAACCUCUCACCGAAGUGAACACGCGCUGGUCGGCGUUACUACGCGGCAUGGUGGAGCGUCAGCAACAGCUGGAGCGAGCUCUGCUGCGGCUAGGACAGCUGCAGCACGCGCUGCAGGAGCUGCUGGCGUGGAUCAACCACACUAGCGACACGCUCGACACGCUCAAGCCGGUGGCCGGAGACCCUCAGAUCCUGGAGGUGGAGCUGGCUAAGGACUCGACCAACUAUUAUCAAACUUUAGAAAUACCUCCUAGCGGUAAUGACGGCACCGACGAGGCGAGUGAGACUGCGGACAAGCUGAACACUCUCAAUAGGAAGUGGCGAGAGCUGCAGCAGAAGGCUCGAGACCGCCAGGCCGAGCUGGAAGAUGCCCUGAGGGAAGCGCAGAGCUUCAACGCGGAAAUCGGCGACUUGCUGUCGUGGCUGUCAGAGGUGGAUGGAGUUAUCACCGCCUCCAAGCCCGUCGGUGGUCUGCCGGAAACCGCCUCGGAACAGCUUGAGAGGUUCAUGGAGGUUUACAACGAGAUCGAAGCCAACCGGCCCAAGGUGGAGGCAGUUCUGCAGCAGGGCCAAGAGUACCUGCGCCGGCAGGAGAAGCCCAACCCCUCCAGCCAGCUGCACCAGAACCUCAAGAACCUCAAGACCAGAUGGGACAACAUCACUGCCAGAGCAUCGGACAAGAAGAUUAAACUGGAGAUCGCGCUGAAGGAGGCGACGGAAUUCCACGACGCGCUGCAAGCCUUCGUGGACUGGCUGACUGGCGCUGAGAAGACGCUCUCCUCUGCCAAGCCUGUCUCUAGGGUCAUGGAGACUCUGCUGGUUCAAAUCGAGGAGCACAAGUCCUUCCAAAAGGAAGUGGCCACACAUCGCGAGACCAUGCUCCACCUGGACAAGAAAGGCACUCACCUCAAGUACUUCAGCCAGAAGCAGGACGUCAUCCUCAUCAAGAAUCUGCUGGUUUCCGUUCAACAUCGCUGGGAGCGCGUUGUUGCCAAGUGCGCUGAGCGAACCAGAGCAUUAGACCAUGGCGUUAAAGAGGCCAAGGAGUUUAGCGACAUGUGGAACAACCUGAUGAACUGGCUCAAUGACACCGAGAAACAACUGGACGAGCUCAACUCGGAAACGACUGUCAACGACCCGGAGAAGAUCAAACAGAGACUGUCGAAGCACCGCGAGUUCCAAAAGGCGCUGGCAGCCAAGCAGCCCGUCUACGACCAGACGCAGAAGGUCGGCAAGACGCUCAAGGACAAAGCGCCGAAGACCGAUGAACCCACCCUUCGCACUAUGCUGCAGGAUCUCAAGACCAAGUGGACUACCGUUUGCUCCAAGGCUGUCGACCGACAACGCAAGCUGGAAGAGGCGCUGCUAUACUCCGGACAGUUCAAGGACGCGAUGUCAGCCCUGCUGGAGUGGCUGAAGAAACAGCAGAGCAAGUUAGCCGCCGACUCGCCCGUCCAUGGCGACCUGGACACCGUCAUGGCGCUCAUCGAACAGCACAAGCAAUUCGAGGAAGAUUUCCACUCGCGCGAACAACAGAUGCAGUCCGUACUGAAGACCGGCAAAGAUCUGGAAGCCACGGUGCCGCGCGAAGACGCGAGCAGCAUCAGACAGCAGUGCAGCGAACUCAAGCAGGCUUGGGACUCCGUCCAAAGUCUGAGCGAAAAGAAAGCGCACCGGCUGGAAUCUGCGCUCAAGGAGGCUGAGAAACUCCACAAAUCCGUGAACAUGCUUCUCGAAUGGCUCUCCGACGCCGAGACCAAACUUCGCUUCUCCGGCCAACUGCCCGAAGGCGACCAGGAGACCCAGCAGCAGAUCCGCGACCACGAGCGGUUCAUCCGCGAGCUGAAGGAGAAGCAGCGAGACAAGGACGACACGAUCAGCCUGGCUCACUCGAUCCUGGGCAAGGCGCAUCCGGACGCGGUGACGGUUAUUAAGCACUGGAUCACCAUCAUACAGAGCCGGUGGGAUGAGGUGUGGCAAUGGGCGAUGCAGCGCGGCGGCAAGCUGGACGCGCACAUGCAGAGCCUCAAAGACCUGGACUCUGUGCUGGAAGAGCUGCUGCAAUGGCUCAUGGGACUUGAGAAUACCCUGCUUUCAUUGGAAGCAGAGCCUCUGCCAGAAUCCAUCGAACUGCUGGAAGGCCUCAUCGAAGACCACAAGGAGCUUAUGGAGAACACGCAGAAGAGACAGAACGAGGUCGACCGCGUCUGCAAGGCUUACCAGGUCAAAGCUCAGAGCCAAGGAAGGGAGUCGACACCACGCAAGGUGUCGGUGAAGUCGGCCGUCAAGGGUGCCCCUGGACGCGGUUCGCAGCACGAUUUGAACCGAGAGCGAUCGGUGUCGCCCGACUAUUACGGAUCGAGGCGGUACAGUCGCGUGAGCCCGGGCCGCGAGACUCCCGACCGCAACCUGCCGCACUACGGACCCAGGUUCCCGCCGAGGGGCAGCAAGGGCGCCGAGCCGGAAUUCCGCUCACCGCGCGUCCGCCAACUGUGGGACAAAUGGCGCACCGUCUGGCUUCUGGCGUGGGAGCGUCAGCGCCGCCUGCACGAGCGCCUAGCGCACCUCAAAGAGCUGCAGCGCGUGUCCAACUUCAGCUGGGACGACUGGAGGAAGCGGUUCCUGAAGUUCAUGAACCACAAAAAGUCCCGUCUGACGGACCUGUUCCGCAAGAUGGACAAGGACAACAACGGGCUGAUCCCGCGCAACGAGUUCAUCGACGGAAUCAUCAACACAAAAUUCGACACUUCCCGGCUGGAGAUGGGCGCCGUGGCCGAUCUGUUCGACAGGAACGGCAGCGGGCUCAUCGACUGGGAGGAGUUCAUCGCGGCGCUGCGACCCGACUGGGUGGAGCGCCGCGGGCCGCCGACAGACGCCGACAAGAUCCACGACGAGGUGAAGCGGCUGGUGAUGCUCUGCACGUGUCGACAAAAGUUCCGCGUGUUCCAGGUCGGCGAGGGGAAAUACCGGUUCGGCGACUCCCAAAAGCUGCGCCUGGUCCGCAUCCUGCGCUCGACCGUGAUGGUCCGCGUGGGGGGCGGCUGGGUGGCGCUCGACGAGUUCCUCGUCAAGAACGACCCCUGCAGAGCCGAGGAGUUUUUGGAGCAGCUGAAGCCCAUAUUUGAGGCAUUAAGGCAGCGAGAAGAGCUUCCGUGUUCGUACCCACUGCACGUCGGUUCCACGCACGGCACAAAGCAGGCCUUCAUAUACGGCCACUCAAGAUCUCAGGGCUCGACGACUCCGGGCGCGCAUCACUACACGCAUCACCACGGCUACCAACCCUCUCCAGGAUACCACUGGGUGCGCGAACGAACGGCGCGCUCGGUGCCUAUGUCAGGCGGCGUUCAAGGGCGUGCUUCACGUUCAUCACUGAGCGCUGGAACGCCAGACUCCCUGAGCGAUAACGAAGCUGCCAGCGGACUCGGGGCAAGAUAUAAGAAGCCUAGUGUGCCAAGAUCGACAUUGACGCCUGGAGGUUCACGGCCUGGUUCCAGACCGGGAUCAAGGACAGGCUCCAAGCCUCCUUCGAGACAUGGGUCUAACCUCUCAUUAGAUAGUACAGAUGACGUAUUAACGCCUUCCCGCAUACCGAUGCGCAAAGUGACCAACACUCGUGCAUCGACAGCACGCGCGGCGGCCAACGCCGCCAAGCUCGGUGUGGCCACGCCUAAUGGCGGCUCCCGGCCUCGCACUCCCACCGGUCUCCUCACACCAGCCAGUGGAAGGUACCCUAGCGGAGCGAUGUACCGCACGUCCAGUAUACCAACACUGUCGCCGGUGCCGGCGCUCGUGAGCUCGACACAUUCCCAACCGUCCUCAAUGGUUUCCGAACUUCCCAAAUCUGCGUCUCACACUCAUCCCGCAUUCCAUACCCAGGGCUCUACAAAAAUCCCAGUGUACGUGGGCACCCGAUCUCAAAGGUCCCCUUCAGUCGAGAGACGAUUGAAAAUUUCUCGAAAAUCCCAAUCCCGAGAAAUGUCCCAGGAACCCAGUCCUACCUCUCAAGACCCUUCGAGAAAAUCCGAGCAGAGAAGUCCAGAAGAUGACUCCUCGUUAUUCAGCAUAUCGGGAAUGACAAGCGACAAUGAAUAUGAGAGUAACAUAAGCGAGUCGAGUGGCGACGCAUCAAAGCCGACCCAGCGAGACAUCAAAGGGAGCGGGUCGUUUGCCUCGACCGAUGGCCACACUCCCGGCCGCAGCCGUAUACCAGUGCUUAAGGAUCACCAUACUAACAGUAAUUCCAAUAGGCAAAGAACACCAUCCGGCAGCACGACGCCAGUGCGGCCGGGGCAGCAGACAGCGGUGUCGCGGCUGCUGCGAAAACCGUCAGACGCGUCGGACAGCGGAGCGCCUGCCACCCCGGGCUCGCGCCGCGGCACGCCUGCUUCUUCGAGAACGAUCGAAAAGCGCGAGCCUUUUAGGCUGUAGACGAUUUAAGGACGAUAUAAAGAAUAAUACCGCUGUAAUUACAUCGCUGAUGAAAAAAUGUCUUCCGAAGACAUUUUUUCCUAUAGUGAAGUUUGCGGAUAAUAGUUACCUGUGUGAUGAGAGUCGCUUUGACUUGUGAUAUUACGUAUUCACGAUUUUUUUUUCGCUUUAUUGUAUUUGAUGUCUAGGCAAAAUAUAUGAAAAUCUAUUCCAUCUUUAAGAAAUCUUUUUGAGUCGUUGCGACUGUCAUGAGCAUAGAGAAUGUUAUAAUUAAUACUAACCGAGAAUUAACCGAUUCGCGAAUUAAGCAAAGCUUAAUGUUAUAUAAGAACGAAUUUGCGAAUGUGGCUUUUUAGUUAAGUAAAAGUUAAUAGACGGUAGUAGUAAAACGUAAAGUCUGCACUUGUUGCCUUGUAUACUUAUUUUUUUCUACAAUCUGUGCAGUUUUGUGCACAUUGAAUUAGUUCUUUUAUUUAUUUUGUGUUGUCAGUAUUCUCCAGUAAACUCUUGCUGUGUCUAAGCAAGAUAUGAUUUCUGUAUCAAUGUGAAUAUUCCCCCUUUCUCUUAUUUAUUGUCAACGUUGCCAUAUGUUAGUGUAUGUUUUGUAUGUAAAAUACGUAUUACGGUCUCUCUAUUGAGACUGGCUGGACGGAAAAGUGUGAUUUUGUAACCUUUUUGUAAUAUUGUUUUCUUUUAGGGACCAUUUUGUAAACGAACUAUUGAGUAGGUAAUGGUGGGCCAGCGUUUGUGUUGAUCGCAUUCACGCGCGUCGUUACGCCAGACUUCGUGUGUUGAUAGGUCAAUAUCAAAUUUUGGCCAGUCAUUUGUUAAGGUGAUAAAUAGUCGUUGAGUAAUUAAUUUUGUAUGCACAAUCAUGUUUUCAUUAUUUCUCGUAUAUUUUUUUGUGUUCACUUUUAUUGGUAUGAAUGAUGUGAUGUUUAUCAUUCGAUAUGUAUGUACACAUUAUGUACAUGUUAUUAUAUUUAUACGGUGAUAUUGCACAAUUUUGUUAUAACGGUAAUAAAGUGUUAUUUGGUUAACGAAGAGCAUGAAGUGCGCACUUCUAUCGCCAAAGUAGUGUGCCUUUUAUGUAUUAUAUAAAAUAUCUGCUCAUGAAAAUAAUUCCAAAACGGACUUUUAUGUUUAAGAGAUUUAACUAAAGUACACGUUGUCGCAAAAGACAU